AUGAUUAUAGCUCAUACCCCUUUAUAGAUUUCUUUAUCGAGCAAAAUGUACUGGAUUGUUGAACGACCAAGAGAGACUCUAUUAAAGGAACGGGCUGGAUAUCUAUAUCAGGAAGUGCUAAAAAGUGACAUGUCAAAAAAUGGUGACAAGUCUGAAAAAAGUUGACAAGUAAACGCGCCAAUUUUUAAAAUGGAUUUAUUAUUUAAAAUAAUUUAAAACUUAAGAUAUUUUAAUUUUAAUCAAUAUUUAAUUAUGCUAACUCCCCCCCCCCCCUCCGUGAGCGAACAAAACCAUUAGAAAAAUCGCCAUUUUUUGACCAAAAACCCACCCUCCGUGAGUGAACAAAAAUUUUUUUAAUAGAAAAAAUUUUAAUGGAAAAAAAUUUUGAUAUAUAAGUGAUAAUUAGUAUAAUGAAAUCUAGAGCUAAUUCUGUUUAAUUUUAAACAAAUUGCGUUUUAAAACAUAAAUUUUGCAAAUUAAAUUAAUAUUUGCUUCCCAAUUUUUGCAAAUUAGGAUUUUUUAAAUUUCGAAAAAAAUAUUUUUUAUAAAAUUUAUAUAUAAAAUUUUUUUUAAAAAAAAAAAAUUAACCCCCCUCCGUGAGCGAACAAAAUUUUUUUGUUCGCUCACGGAGGGGGGGGGGGGAGUAAGUACUUCUCAUAUGAGUCGAUAAGAACUUUGUAUAUAUUUAAAAUCACAAGACACGCACUUUGCAAAUUAUAGAUCUAGUCUUCAUAAAUAAAUUAGCAUAAAAUAAAGAAAUUCUAUCGAGCCGGGAAAAAUGCACAUUGAGUUGAAAGUUUUUGAUUUUCACUUAUAAGCCGUAUUUAAAUUUUGCUCAGUACUUCUCAUAUGAGUCGAUAAGAACUUUGCAUAUAUUUGAUAAUCACAAGCCACUCACUUUGCAAAUUAUAGCUCUCAUCUUCAUAUAUAAAUUAGUAUAAAAUAAAGAAAUUCUAUCGAGCCGGGAAAAUGCACUUCGAGUUGCAAAUUUUUGAUUUUCACUUAUAAGCCAUAUUGAUUUUUGCUAAGUACUUCUCAUAUGAGUCGAUAAGAACUUUGCAUAUAUUGAGAAUCACAAGCCACGCACUUUGCAAAUUAUAGAUCUAGUCUUCAUAAAUAAAUUAGCAUAAGAUAAAGAAAUUCUAUCGAGCCGGAAAAAUGCACAUUGAGUUGCAAGUUUUUGAUUUUCACUUAUAAGCCAUAUUGAUUUUUGCUAAGUAUUUCUCAUAUGAGUCGAUAGAACUUCUUAUAUAUUGAGAACCGCAAGCCACGCACUUUGCAAAGUAUAGAUCUAGUCUUCAUAAAAUAAAUUAGUAUAAAAUAAAAAAAUUCUAUCGAGCCGGAAAAAUGCACAUUGAGUUGCAAGUUUUUGAUUUUCACUUACGAGCCAUAUUGAUUUUUGCUAAGUACUUCUCAUCUUAGUCGAUAAGAACUUUGCAUAUAUUUAAAAUCACAAGCCACGCACUUUGCAAGUUGUAGCUCUCAUCUUCAUAAAUAAAUUAGUAUAAAAUAAAAAAAUUCUAUCGAGCCGGAAAAAUGCACAUUGAGUUGCAAGUUUUUGAUUUUUACUUAUAAGCCAUAUUGAUUUUUGCUAACUCCCCCCCCCCCCCCCCUCCGUGAGCGAACAAAAAAAUUUUGUUCGCUCACGGAGGGGGGUUAUUUUUUUUUUUAAAAAAAAAAUUUAUAUAUAAAUUUUAUAAAAAAAUAUUUUUUUCGAAAUUUAAAAAAAUCCUAAUUUGCAAAAAUUGGGAAGCAAAUAUUAAUUUAAUUUGCAAAAUUUAUGUUUUAAAAACGCAAUUUGUUUAAAAUUAAACAGAAUUAGCUCUAGAUUUCAUUAUACUAAUUAUCACUUAUAUAUCAAAAUUUUUUUCCAUUAAAUUUUUUCUAUUAAAAAAAUUUUUGUUCACUCACGGAGGGUGGGUUUUUGGUCAAAAAAUGGCGAUUUUUCUAAUGGUUUUGUUCGCUCACGGAGGGGGGGGUAAGUAAGUACUUCUCAUCUUAGUCGAUAAGAACUACUUAUAUAUUGAGAUACACAAGCCACGCACUUUGCAAAUUAUAGAUCUAGUCUUCAUAAAUAAAUUAGCAUAAAAUAAAGAAAUUCUAUCGAGCCGGAAAAAUGCACAUUGAGUUGCAAGUUUUUGAUUUUCACUUAUAAGCCAUAUUGAUUUUUGCUAACUCCCCCGCCCCCCUCCGUGAGCGAACAAAAAAAUUUUGUUCACUCACGGAGGGGGGUUAAUUUUUUUUUUAAAAACAAUUUAUAUAUAAAUUUUUUAAAAAUAUUUUUUUCGAAAAUUUAAAAAAAAUCCUAAUUUGCAAAAAUUGGGAAGCAAAUACUAAUUUAAUUUGCAAAAUUUAUGUUUUAAAACGCAAUUUGUUUAAAAUUAAACAGAAUUAGCUCUAGAUUUCAUUAUACUAAUUAUCACUUAUAUAGCAAAAUUUUUUUCUAUUAAAAUUUUUUCUAUUAAAAAUAUUUUUGUUCACUCACGGAGGGUGGGUUUUUGGUCAAAAAAUGGCGAUUUUUCUAAUGGUUUUGUUCGCUCACGGAGGGGGGGGGGGGGGGGAGUAAGUAUUCCUCAUAUGAGUCGAUAGAACUUCUUAUAUAUUGAGAACCGCAAGCCACGCACUUUGCAAAUUAUAGAUCUAGUCUUCAUAAAUAAAUUAGCUUAAAAAUAAAAAAAUUCUAUCGAGCCGGAAAAAUGCACAUUGAGUUGCAAGUUUUUGAUUUUCACAGCUAUUAUUAAAUUUAAAUAUAUAUAAAUCAAAAUAUUUAAAGCCAAUAUAUAAUGUGUAAUUAUAUCUUCUGUCUAAUUGAGUAUCUUAAGUUUUAAAUUAUUUUAAUAAUAAAUCCAUUUUAAAAUUGGCGCGUUUACUUGUCAACUUUUUUCAGACUUGUCACCAUUUUUUGGCAUGUCACUUUUUAGCACUUCCUGAUAUAGAUAUCCAGCCCGUUUCCUUAAUAGAGUCUCUCUUGGUCGUUCAAUAAUCCAGUACAUUUUGCUCGAUAAAGAAAUCUAUAAAGGGAUAUAAGCUAUAUAAGUAGGCAAGUUUUCAAUGAUAAUAAUAUAAAUCAUUAUCUUUGUGCUCAGUUUAGCAUAGAAACUCCUUUUUUUAAUAAUUUCCUAAAUUUGCUGACGAAAUUCAAAAUAAGGGUUCCUUUUAUUUCUAAGCUGCCAAAUUCUCAAUACCAUAAGAUAAAAAUCUAUAUAAUUGACUUCACAAAUUUCUCUAAUAAUCAGCACAUUGUCCAGUAA